AUGGAUGACGAGAAGGCAAAAGUCAAGAAGAAGGGUGCCACUCACCGCAAGUCUCUUUCUUGCGAAUACUGCAGUCGAUCGUUUGCCCGCCUGGAGCAUCUCCAACGCCAUCUCCGCACCCAUACCAAAGAGAAACCCUUCUCAUGUGAUAUCUGCUCAAAGUCCUUUGCCCGGAGUGACCUCUUGGUGCGACAUGAGCGAUUGGUUCAUCCAGCCGAAAGUGCGGCCGGUCGUGAACAUCGCACGCAUAACGGAACCGAGAAUAACCACCACGAGAUUCCAAUUCAGUCGUCCAUCAUUCAACCUGCCCAUCAUGAGUCGCGCAUGUUAGAGCUGGCCGACGCUAUCCCGGUCCAUACCCAAGUUCCCCCUCCACCUCCCGAGGUCCAGGUCCAACCACCCCCUAUAGUCGAGACUACCCACUUCAAUCCCUCCUGGGGGUCAACAAGAGAGUCUGGAUUCCAUCCGCAAAUCCUCGCAUACAAUCGACACCCCGUCCCAACCUCUUCCCCGCCUCCGGAGAGAGCCAUCACCGACAAUUAUGGUGUAGAGCCUUCAUUUCUUGACCUCACAGAUCUCGGAGACCCCGUUCAAGAUUUCACAGUCUUCUUAGAAAGUGUUGGCCUAUCAUCUGAUUGGGACUCGGGGGUCUUCUCCUCAGUUGAGGAGCCCAUGUUGCCGCCAGGUCUCUCGAUCGACUCGAAACCGCAUGUCCGGGAUACACCGGCAUCUGCACGUCUUGGUGCUGAUCUUAUGAGUGAUGUGCGAGUCCAGGCGGACGAUCCACCUUCAUUUUCUAAUUUCGGAUCUCGCUUGCCAUCGCUGCAACCCGAGUCCCACGAGAUGGAAGAUCGCAUUGGCCUGUCAGAUGAUAGCGCACGCCCAGCAUGGGAUAUCACUAAUGCCGAUCGCCAAAUUUUUGUCUCCAAACUGGAGGAAUUCUCCUUUGUUCUUCCCAAGGGCUUUGUGCCGCCAUCUCGGCAUGCCCUGUCCCGGUUUUAUGCUGGAUACAUCAACGGGUUGAAUGAACAUUUGCCUUUUGUACAUGUCCCUACACUUUCAAUUGCCAAAUGUUCACCGGAGCUCACUCUGGCUACGGCAGCUGCUGGGUCGCACUACCGAUUCGAGAACGGUCGGGGGAUAGACCUCUUCCACGCUGCGAAAGCCAUUUUGUUGGAACGUCUUCGCCGACGAGAUAGCAGACAGGUACCGCAGCCAUCAUGGAACUAUAUCUCUCCGCCUUCCAAUUUUCCCAACUCGCGUGGAUCUUCGAUUAUCUCCAACACCGCGAGUAGUCCAUUCCAAACCCAUCAUAUGCCGAACCCCCCUGUGAAUGCAUCGAUCUAUACCCCAGAUGACUCAGAUGCUCACAUGGAAGUGAUCCGGACAUUCUUACUCCUCACUGUGUUUGCUUCCUGGGAGAGGCAACCAGAGCUGUUGCGAGAGAUCCUCUCGCUUCAAAGCACACUAGCAAGGCUGGUUCGAGAGCAUGGUCUGUCUGAGCCACCCCCAACGCCUGAGCCUAUUAGCUGGGAAGAGUGGGUUCGAAGAGAGGGAAAUAGACGGACGAAACUGAUCGUUUACUGCUUUUUCAACCUCCAUUCGAUCAUGUACAACAUACCUCCCAUGAUCCUCAACGGAGAGUUGAAGCUCAAUAUGCCCUGCUCGCAUGACCUGUGGAAGGCCUCCAAUUCAGCGCAGUGGCGACGACUUCACCGUACCCGCCAAGGGUUAGAUGUCUCUUUUCCGGAUGCAUUCGCCCGCCUCUUUCUCAAAUCAUCUACAUCCUUCCCUUCCGCCCCUAUAUCCCCCCUGGGAAACUACAUUCUCAUCCAUGCUGUCAUCCAGCAGAUAUUCUUUGCCCGACAGCUAUGCCUGUCAGCUCCAACUAUGAAUGGUACUAGCUUAAGACAGGAUGAUCUUAAUGUGCUGGAUAACUCUUUGAGUGCUUGGAAGGCAUUGUGGAAGCGCACGCCUGAAUCCAGCAUCGACCCUCAGAAUCCUGCUGGUCCCAUCGCCUUUACCUCUACUGCACUUUUGGGCCUGGCAUAUAUCCGACUACAUGUUGAUCUGGGCCCCUGUCGUCACCUCAUUACCCAAGACCCUGCACAGAUCGCAAGUGCCCUUAUCGAGUCACCGCCGAUCGUCCGAAGCCCGAGGUUAAUCAUGGCAUUGCUGCACUCAGCUCAUGCCCUCUCUAUUCCCGUCCGAUUGGGAAUUGAUUUCGUAGCAAGGACACACUCCUUCUUCUGGAGUAUCCAACACUCCCUAUGCAGUCUGGAAUGCGCAUUCCUGCUCAGUCGCUGGCUGCUAGCCAUUCCCGCAACACAGCCAGAGCAGCGGUUAUCUGAGCAUGAGCGGAAACUUCUGUCGUGGAUCAAGAGCAUGAUGGAUGAAACCGACAUGGCUGUUGAUCCACCAGGGGCCCCAGACCUUGAGUUCAUGGCGAACCCAUUUAAGGUUCGUCAGCUUAGUGUUGCCAUUGUCCGUGUCUGGGCCCGGACAUUCAAGGGCAACACUAGUUGGGCCAUUGUUGACCUGGUUGGGUCAAGUUUGGAUGCUUAUGCGGAUCUUUUAGAACACUAA